AUGACGGACCUUUUCAAGUUAGUGUUGCAAGAGCUGCCUAGAAGAACAUGCACGUAUUGCACGACUAACAUAUACAUUGAUGACGCUUCUCUUAUAGCUGUGAGAACGGCUUACCCAACAAAUUUGUCCAAUACAUCCUUGGACAAUACAUCCUUGGCCAAUACAUCCUUGGACAAUACAUCCUUGGACAAUACAUCCUUGGACAAUACAUCCUUGGACAAUACAUCCUUGGCCAAUACAUCCUUUGACUAUACAUCUUUGGCCAAUACAUCCUUGGACAAUAUAUUGUUUGACUAUACCUUGGCCAAUACAUCCUUGGACAAUACAUCCUUGGACAAUACAUCCUUGGACAAUACAUCCUUGGCCAAUACAUCCUUGGACAAUACAUCCUUUGACUAUACAUCUUUGGCCAAUACAUCCUUGGACAAUAUAUUGUUUGACUAUACAUCCUUGGCCAAUACAUCCUUGGACAAUACAUCCUUGGACAAUACAUCCUUGGCCAAAACAUCCUUGGACAAUACAUCCUUUGACUAUACAUCCUUGGCCAAUACAUCCUUGGGCAAUACAUCCUUUGACUAUACAUCUUUGGCCAAUACAUCCUUGGACAAUAUAUUGUUUGACUAUACAUCCUUGGCCAAUACAUCCUUGGACAAUACAUCCUUGGACAAUACAUCCUUGGACAAUACAUCCUUGGACAAUACAUCCUUGGACAAUACAUCCUUGGACAAUACAUCCUUGGACAAUACAUCCUUGGACAAUACAUCCUUGGACAAUACAUCCUUGGACAAUACAUCCUUUGACUAUACAUCUUUGGCCAAUACAUCCUUGGACAAUAUAUUGUUUGACUAUACCUUGGCCAAUACAUCCUUGGACAAUACAUCCUUGGACAAUACAUCCUUGGACAAUACAUCCUUGGCCAAUACAUCCUUGGACAAUACAUCCUUUGACUAUACAUCUUUGGCCAAUACAUCCUUGGACAAUAUAUUGUUUGACUAUACAUCCUUGGCCAAUACAUCCUUGGACAAUACAUCCUUGGCCAAAACAUCCUUGGACAAUACAUCCUUUGACUAUACAUCCUUGGCCAAUACAUCCUUGGACAAUACAUCCUUUGACUAUACAUCUUUGGCCAAUACAUCCUUGGACAAUAUAUUGUUUGACUAUACAUCCUUGGCCAAUACAUCCUUGGACAAUACAUCCUUGGACAAUACAUCCUUGGCCAAAACAUCCUUGGACAAUACAUCCUUGGACAAUACAUCCUUGGCCAAAACAUCCUUGGACAAUACAUCCUUUGACUAUACAUCCUUGGCCAAUACAUCCUUGGACAAUACAUCCUUUGACUAUACAUCCUUGGCCAAUACAUCCUUGGCCAAUACAUCCUUUCACUAUACAUCAUUGGACAAUACAUCCAUGGACAAUAAUAAGAAAAAAAAUUAUAUGUACAAAUGA